AUGAAAUUAAGAUUUCUCCUCACAUACACACACACCUUUAACAUUGUAAAUUCAUUAUCAAAUGCUUCAGUCGCACCACAAAAGUUGGGAGGAUUAAAUUGUAUUAAAAUAUAUUCAAACCUUUGGAAGAAGGAAACCUCGCACAUCAAACAAAACUUAUCAGAAUAUAAUAAUUUUAUCUAUGAAAACAUUUGGGAUAUAAACUCUGUUCAAGAAUGUAAAACAUUUUCAUUUUGUAUUUUUUCUAAAUUGAAUUCAUUAUGUAAUGGAGAAUUUGGUAUAAAUUUUAGACUUCUGUUGACCAUUCAUUCCCUGUAUUACAAUUUAUUUAUGGUAUAUAAGACAUGUUACUUUCGUUUUUUUGUUUCAUUAUCAAAAUAUUAUUUAAAGUAA